ACUUAAUAACAUUACAAUAUCAUAUUACAAGUUUCAAACUCUCUUCUUCAUUUUUCUAACAUGAAUAAUUUCUUGAAUUCUCAAUAUCUACAUAAACAUCAAUCUAUAUUGAACCAUAACAAAAAGAGGCUAACUCAAGAACAAGUCAAGAGGUUAGAGGCAAGUUUUGAUUUAACCAAGAAACUUGAGCUUGACCAAAAGCUUCAACUUGCUAAAGAGUUGGGAGUUCCUCCUAGACAAAUUGCCAUUUGGUACCAGAACAGACGAGCUAGAUGGAAGAAUCAAAGCCUCGAGCUCGACUAUACUACACUCCAACUCAAACUAGACACUACAUUAGCUGAGAAGAAGCAAAUAGAGAAAGAAAAUGAACGUCUAAAAAUUGAGUUGAAGAAGGUAAAUGAAAUGCUAAUUGCCAUUAAACAAGCUAAAGUUCAAGAGGAAUUAGCACAAGGGAUAAUUCCUUGUUCAAUUUCUAGUGGUAAUUGUGAAGAAGGAGGGAGUUCAAGUUUUCAAGAAGAUGUGAGUUGUUCAUGGGUAAAUAAUAAUAAAAUUAACAACAACAAUAAUAAUAAUUGUGAGUCUAAUUUGGCACUUGAUGAGCUUUAUUCUUGUUUGAUGGGUGGAGAAGAAGGGUCAAAAUAUAGUUUGAGUUGGCAAAAUGGGAAAGAUCUUUGGGUGUGGAAAAAUUAAUACAUGUAUCUCUAAUGUCUACAUCAAACUGAUGAAUAUAAGACAUAUGUCAUGUGUUUCAUUACACAUUUAUUAAUUGAUCAUGGUUUAUUGAUGUGUUCUAUUCGCUUUAAUUUGUAAUUAAAGUUAAAUUGUUUGGUAUGAUAUAAACUUU